UGUGAAAGUUGGUAUGGUGUAACAUUAGCAAAUCCAAGACAGGCGGAGACUGGGGCGCAGUUCCUGCAAAAUAAUCUUAAAAUCUGCCAUCGGACGCCUUCCGCAAAGUGAAAUAAGCCGUCGAAAUUAUUCAACUUUUCAACACGUUUAUAUCGCCCGUUUCUAGUUAUCUAGUUGCAAACCUAGGGUUAAGUACAAAUACCCAGCAGGAGUAGCUACUUAGAUAGCUGGCUAGUUAGUUAGAAAGACAACGUAAAGCACGGGAUAGGACAACAUCACAGAGUAAGACUGUCCUGCAUUGAAGAGCAGUAGCUAUGGAAGUCGUGGUGGAGUACGAGUAUGAGGGAGCACAUGAAGAUGAACUGACACUGAGGCCUGGGGAUGUGAUCAAACAUGUCCGCCGAGUGGAGGAGGAAGGAUGGAUGGAGGGAGAGCUCAAUGGAAAGAGGGGAGUCUUCCCUGACAAUUUUGUCAAGGAACUGAAAAAAGAAUCAAAGGAAACCAAAGAGGAGGUAAAAGAAGAAUCUCAGCCCUCAAGACGUGUGUCUGGAAAUGUGGCCAGUCUUGUCCAGAGGAUCAGCACAUACGGCAUCCCAGUGGGGGGCUUCCAGCCAUGCUCCCAGCCUCGUGUCAACAAAAAGAAGCCCAAGAAGCGUCUGUGCAAGGCUCUAUUUGAAUAUGUACCUCAGAAUGAGGAUGAGCUGGAAUUAAAAAUGGGAGACAUCAUUGAGGUCACAGAAGAAGUGGAAGAGGGGUGGUGGAGUGGUCUCUUGAAUGGGAAGUUUGGUCUCUUUCCCUCCAACUUUGUGAAGGAAAUGGAGGAAAGUGAUGAGGCAGACGCACCAGACAAUGGUACCACUGAACCAGACAGCAGCAGCAAAGAUGACCACAGUACUCCAUCUUCUCUUCCGUCUGGUAAUGGGACCAAAGCUCAACCUAAAAAGGUCAAAGGCGUUGGCUUCGGUGACAUCUUCAGCCAGGGCUCUGUGAAGCUCAAGCCCCGACUGCCUUCAGAAGCUGACGAGAAGAAGGAGAAGCCAGUUCCAUCAUUGUCAUCAGCUGCAAAACCCACCAAUUCCAACGUGACAGAGUCCCUGAAAGUAGACGGAGACAGCAAAACUAAAGUGAAAGAGUACUGCAAGGCUUCCUAUGCUUACGAUGCCACAAAUCAAGAUGAGUUGGACAUUAAGGAAGGAGACAUCGUUGAGAUUCUCACCAAGGACACAGGAGAACCUGGAUGGUGGAGAGGUGAAAUUAAUGGCAGAGCAGGAGUCUUCCCUGAUAAUUUUGUGGUCUUGGUCUCAGAAAUUGACAAAGAGAAACCAAAGAAGCCACCGCCUCCUUUGAAAACUACAGGUGACAAAGUGGCUCCAGAUCCCAAACCAUUAAAGCCUGUUGCUCCCGUGGUUCCACCCAAAAAACCCAUCCCUCCCCCUGGCAAGGGGCGCUCAGGAGCUGGACCUCCAAAACGACCUGACAAACCUCUAGCAUCAUCUACUGCCACUCCAGCUGCUAGACACAAUGGAGAGGUACCUUCCACACGACCAAAGUCAGACUUGGAACCAGCAUUACACAUGAAACCAAAAACAAUGUCUGGUGACUGGGGGGAGAAGACAGCUGACAUGGAUGAUCUCAUGAAGUUUGAUGACGUCUCCUCAAACUCUGAGAAACUCUCUCAUCCAACAGCAAACAGACCCAAGAUGCCUGGGAGAAGACUACCUGCUCAGUUUGGUGGAGCCCAGUCUCCAGGCAAGGAGACAUGUGAUUCCAGUCUGAGGGCAGAAGAGGAUGAAGUCACGCAGAGUAUUUUGACCAAGCCAUCAGACUUUGGGCGGCCACUGGACUCUGCCGCCUCAUCAUGCGUAAACAGUAAAGCCAACACUACAAUGACAACUUUGCUUGAAACCAAAUCCAAAGCUGGCAGGGAGGAGGAGAAAGUCAAUGAAUUGGAGGAUCUUAGGUCUCAGAUGAAGGAGGUGCUGUUGACUGUAGAGUUACUGAAGGCCCAGCAAAUGAGAGAACUUGCUGAACUGAGAAAUGAUUUGGAGGAUGAGCGUUCAAAGCGAAUGGCCCUACAGAUUGAGAUAGACAAAUUAAAGAAGAUGAUGCAGUCAACAUGAAGCUGAAGAUCAAUGGUGUGGGGAGUGCCCCACUACAUGGACGUCAUGCAUUAAGACCUGCCACAGAAGAGGAGAAAGUUACCAUUCUUACACCCCUUUACUCCCCGCUCUAUUUCACCUUAUGGUUAUAGUUUUGCACAUAAUUAUUGUAAUUUAAAUAGAAGAAAUUGUAAUGGAAACAUAUGUAUAUGGGUUCGUUUGCCAACAUAAGUUCCUGAGGCCUUACAUUACUACUGUGCUGAAAGAAUGCCUGACCAUUGCUUUCAAAUACUACUGACUCUGUAUAAAGUGAUGGGACAUUAUUUUGCUUGUUCCUUAUUUUUAUAAGGUAGUUAUUUUAAAUAUAUAUAUUUUCAGGACCAAUGUAUUCACCUUUUCUUGAGAGAUGAUUUAUAUGACUUGUGCAGUGAUUACAUAUUUCAUUGCAGUUUUUAAAGGGAGAUGCUCUUCAUUUUUUUUAUUUAGUUUCCCUAACAUUCCUGUAAAGGGUAUCACUCUUGUGCCUAUGAUUCUUUUUCCAAGUCAUAAUACUGGGAGAUGGCAUAUAUCUAAUUGCACAAACCAAUGGCAUGGUAAAUAUUUGUGGCUAAUAGAUAUGCAACCAUGUUAAAUAUACAUAGAUUUUCACAAAUCAUUGAACCAUUCAAGAACAAAUCUGAUAUGGAAUUCCCAAAGAAAGCCUUCAUUUUGAUGUCAAGGUUUCUUCAGAAAAGGAACACCACGUGUUCAUGAAGACCAGCAGUCAUGUUUUCUUGAAUCCCCCUUCAGUGUUGUAGCUCAGGAUAAAUCAAAGCAUCCUGUCAUUUGGACUCAGAUCCAGUAAAGGCCUAAUCAUGUAUUUUAUUGGUUGUGGUGGGUGUGUUGAUUAGUGUUUGCUUUUAAGUCUACAUCUCGUUUUUCAUCUUUUUUGCCGGUUCCGAUUUUACCAAGUCUUGUAUUUUUAAAAUGUUUUCUACAUCUGAGUGUUUCUGGGAUUUAGACAAGAACAUGGGAGUGUGGCGACUGGAAUACCGAACAAGUUGUUUGAGAUAUGAAUGUGUGGUGUUCACUGAAGAGAAAAAAAACAGCCUUUAUGCAAGAGAGCGUUUGUGCGCAGCUCCUCGGUGAUGCUAUGGUGUCUGGGAGCAAGUAGUACAUCCUUAGUCAUGUGUGUAGGGUGACAGGAUUAUCUAAUGGUUUACAUGGCCCGAAAAGGUAACCUUAAUGUGGAUUGAACUUUUGUGUCAAUCACCAACAGAUCAUUCAUUACAAUUACCACAUGCACAAUGCAGUUUACCCUAAUGCUAUUGUCCUACAGCAUAGGUCUUAUAAUUGACUGGACCACACUGAGUAGCUCUUGUAGCUCUGAGUAGCUCAAGUGUUCCAGUAGGCCUUUUGUGACUUUCUGCAACCUGCCUUGUUCUUUCAAGAGCUACUCACAAUCGCCAUUUACAAAUGUCUUAUUAACCUCCAGGAAAAUAGCUCUUUUAAAGUACACUAGUGUGUGUAUUUCUCAUACCUCUAAGGAGAGAUUGAAGCAUAAAGAAUUCCAGAUCAGGUACCUUAAAGGGGUGUAAGCAUGUGUAUGAGGACUUUGCACUUUUGGAAUGAGCCUUGUCUGUGGCUUAGAAAUCGUCUCAAGCAAUAAGAAACAUUAUCAAUCGUGUUUUUACCAUCUUUAGGCCUAUUGUGAUAUGUACAUUGUCAAAACAUUCUUCAUGUGUUGUCAUUUGGCAAAGCAUAUUCUUUUUCAAUUCUAAACUCAAUGAAAUUCUACUCUGCAAAUUAUUUCUGCAAUUGAUCUUUAUAUGCACUGUACAUUUGCAGGAGGGAACAGAUUUUUCAAACUGAAUAAAUAUUACUUUUAUUUACUCUCA